GCUCCGGGAGCCGCGGCAGCCGCCGCGCAGCCUGCUCUCUCGGCGCCUCGCUCCUACUCCGGCGCGCACUGAGCGAGGACCCGCGCCCGAUCCCGGGGGCGGGGGCGCUGCUGCUUCUCGGCCUCAGUCCCCGAACUCGCCUCGCUGAGGCUGCGCCCGGGCGUGGAGCCGCUCUGAGCUGCUGGGUCUUGGUGGCCACUCGCUGCACUGUCUGGCCGGAGGGCUGGGGGAAGGAAGGGGAAAGCGGGGACACACACACGCACACACACAGACUCACACACACUCUCGCCGCGGCGCGCGCGCAUUGCACACUCGCAGCCGCGCGCCCCCGCCGAGGCGCGUCCGGGGCGAGUUUGGCCGCGCGGCUCCGGCCAGGCACCUGCCGGUCCCCGCCCCGCCGACCCUCCCGCCUCUCGCCUGCGACGCUCCCACUUCGCCCGGGGGAAGCAACAACAUCCUGAUAACUUGCAGGCUGUGGCGCAACUGGUCUGAACAGCAGAGCUCACGAAGGCUACCCGGGUGAGAUGAGGAACCUGAGGCUUACCAGAGACAAGAGGUGACCACAGACCCGUCUGAACCCCUUCUUGCAGCCUUUCUUUGGUGUCUGAUACCUCCCAACCACAUGCUAGAACCUGGGAAGGAAAAGAGUUGCAACAUGAAUAGGCCACCCAUCACUACCAACUACAGAUGACUUGCCAUUUCAUUUACAAAGAUGUCGUCAGCUGCUGAAAAUGGAGAUGCAGCUCCUGGAAAACAAAAUGAAGAAAAAACCUAUAAAAAGACUGCAUCAUCUGCUAUUAAAGGUGCUAUUCAGCUAGGAAUAGGAUACACAGUGGGGAAUCUCACUUCCAAGCCAGAACGAGAUGUUCUCAUGCAAGACUUUUACGUGGUGGAAAGCGUGUUCCUACCCAGUGAAGGGAGCAAUCUGACCCCUGCACAUCACUAUCCAGACUUCAGAUUUAAGACAUAUGCUCCUCUGGCAUUCCGAUACUUCAGAGAACUUUUUGGUAUCAAGCCUGAUGAUUACUUGUAUUCCAUCUGCAGUGAACCUCUAAUAGAGCUGUCUAACCCUGGAGCCAGUGGAUCCUUGUUUUUUGUGACCAGUGAUGAUGAAUUCAUCAUCAAAACAGUUCAGCAUAAAGAAGCUGAGUUCCUUCAGAAGCUACUGCCAGGCUAUUACAUGAAUCUAAACCAGAAUCCAAGGACUCUUUUGCCAAAAUUCUAUGGACUCUAUUGCAUGCAGUCGGGGGGCAUCAAUAUCAGGAUUGUGGUGAUGAACAACGUCUUGCCCCGAUCCAUGAGGAUGCACUUCACGUACGACUUGAAAGGCUCCACCUACAAACGAAGAGCAUCCCGGAAAGAGAGAGAGAAAUCCAACCCCACGUUUAAGGAUUUAGAUUUCCUGCAAGACAUGCACGAAGGGUUGUAUUUUGAUACAGAAACAUACAAUGCGCUCAUGAAAACACUCCAGAGAGACUGCCGGGUGCUGGAAAGCUUCAAGAUCAUGGACUACAGCCUUUUGCUGGGGAUCCACAUCUUGGACCAUUCCCUUAAAGAGGAGGAGAACUCACAAAAUAUGCCUGAUGCAAAGCGACCUGGAAUGCAGAAAGUCCUCUAUUCAACAGCCAUGGAAUCCAUCCAGGGUCCAGGGAAAUCUGGAGAUGGAAUCAUCACAGAGAACCCAGACACAAUGGGAGGCAUUCCAGCUAAAAGCCAUAAGGGAGAAAAACUACUUUUAUUUAUGGGCAUUAUUGACAUUCUACAAUCAUAUCGGUUAAUGAAGAAGUUAGAACACUCCUGGAAAGCUCUUGUUUAUGAUGGUGACACAGUUUCAGUUCAUAGACCAAGUUUUUAUGCAGACAGAUUUCUAAAGUUUAUGAAUUCCAGAGUUUUCAAGAAAAUUCAAGCUUUGAAAGCCUCCCCUUCUAAGAAACGGUGCAACUCCAUUGCCGCCUUGAAGGCGACCUCACAGGAGAUUGUGUCUUCAGUUAGCCAGGAGUGGAAGGACGAGAAGCGGGAUCUCCUGACCGAAGGACAGAGUUUUAGCAGCCUUGAUGAAGAAGCCCUGGGAUCCCGACACAGGCCAGACCUGGUGCCCAGCACUCCAUCACUAUUUGAAGCUGCUUCCUUGACAACCACGAUUUCAUCUUCUUCCUUGUAUGUCAGUGAACAUUAUGCACACGACAGGACUACGCUUUAUUCAAACAGCAAAGGGUUACCUUCCAGUUCGACAUUUACCUUAGAAGAGGGGACCAUCUACUUGUCUGCGGAGCCAAAUGCUCUGGAAAUGCAGGACGAUAAUGCCUCUGUGCUUGAUGUCUAUUUAUAAGUGACAAUGGUAACCACCUCAGCACGUGGAUGAGACCCGAACACAGUUGUUGGAGCAAAGUUUCCCUACUCCAGAAUUCUCCAAAGGAACUUGGCUGAGCCCCACUACACACAAGAGUACAAAUCAACUGGACUUAGAAUUCUGUUUGCGAGAUGUCAGGGGAGACUUGGUCCAAGGAUGAUCAGCUGAUGGGAUGUGAGAAAUACCACGCUAGUCUGUCACUUGCUGUUGCUUGCCAACUGUGAAGAACUGCAUGAACUAUGUUUAAGCUGCUUUCUAUACCAUUGCCAAUCACCUUUUUGGACUUGAAAGUGCUAUUUUCCUAUGGACUCUUGCAUUAUUUCCAUUUUGCAUGCACCCAGUGAUUAUACAUAAGCAACAUAUAUAAUCUGCUUAUAUAUUUUUUAAAAAAUCCAUCCAUGUGAAAUGAUAAAAUAUAAAUUCUGCUCUUUUUUGCAAAAUUAUAAUCAUAGCCCAUGUCAUUGAAAGUUUAAAUUGGUUCCAUUUAAAGAUCAGUGUAAUAGGUCUGCCUAUACUUUAUAGAAAACUAGCUUCUAUAAAUAUUUUUUCACUGUUUACUAGUGAAAUGAGAAAAGCCAAGCUAUUUAUAAAAGGCCUUAUGUUGUGUAUAUACAUUGUCUUUGAAAUAUUUGUGAUUUAGUUUAUUGCUUGUAAAAGAGAAAUUAUAUAAUUUAUUUAGUAAAUACUACUGUAAACUAUAGUUUUAUUGAAAGAAAUAAAAUAUUUUGU